AUGCCAAAGGUGGUGACCUCCAGACGGCUGCCCGUGUACACCAACAAGGGCCAAAAGGAGGACGACCGCUUCAAUGCCUUCCACUGCAAGAGGUGUCAGACUCACCUCCUGACGACGGAUGCCGAUCUAGCGAAGAUCCCAAGAAGAAAGACUGAUGGCGCCCUGGUUCUGGAUGCCCGACUGCAGGUCAUCAGCUUGUACACCGUCAAGCGUGAUGGCAGCCAGCUCAUUCGCCGUGAGAAAGGUGCAGAGCGACAGUACGUGCAUGCUUGUCCGUCCUGUGACCAAGACGUUGGUUACACAUCCAAGCCUCACGAGGCCAACCUGGAGUUGGUGUACCUCUCUGACACGGCAGUUUCCGUACCAUGGCACAGGAUGAAGUCGCCCUUCACUUGCAAGGUCUGUGGCUACAUUUGCCAGAGCCAGGGACAGCUGGAGUUUCACAGGAAGCAAAGGCAGCACACGGAAGAAAUGGAGAAAGAGCAGGACGCAGCCAACGAGCUGAAGCCGAUCAUCGUUGGGUGA